AUGUUCCUCUCACCUUCAAGUGCGCUGAGAGUGCCAACAAAACCGACAUAUCCUGGUGAUCCGCUUCGAGCAGGCGAGAUCAGAGUAUUGUGGCUGCAGCCUGGCAGAUGGGCCGACCCCAUCGUUUGCGAACUUUCCAACGCCAAGAUCGAAUUCGCGCGAUACCGAGCACUAUCCUAUGUAUGGGGCUCACAGUUGCACCAGCGAUCCGUCCGACUUAAUGGCCGUAGCUAUCCUGUGACCUUGAACCUGGAGAGUGCGUUGAGACACCUACGAGCAAAGUACAACAGAGUAUUAGUCCUUUGGGUUGAUGCGUUAUGUAUUGACCAGGCGAAUGGCGAAGAAAGGACUCACCAGGUCCAACUCAUGGGACACAUUUAUGCAAGUUGUCAAGAAUGUCUUGUAUACCUGGGACAGAGCCUUGAUAGCACUGUUGGAGCAUUGACUGAGCCAACAUCUAUUCUAGACUUUGGGAAAUAUCGCACGCAUGCCCAUGCUCAAACCACCUUGAAGCCAAGUGACAAACCAGGACUAUACGACGUGUUUGAGUUCUUCUUCAAGUUGAGCGAGUCCAGCCACUUGCAUGAAAUAUUGCCCGCUCAUGGUGGGCAGGAAGAAGCAGGCACGAGUUCCGAGGGUCACAAGAGCUACAAGAACAGUAUGCAUUUUUUCGAGGCACUGCGAAUGUUCAUGCAUGCUCCAUUUACGCCCUGGUGGUCCAGAAUAUGGGUAAUACAAGAGGUGGCACUUCCUCCCCAAGUUGUUAUUCUGUACGGUACAAUCUCUGCGCCAUGGAUAAUGUUCGCUCGGGCUGCAAAGGAGUACAGAGUUCACAGUAGUUCGUGCUGCCGUGAGUUUCUCCAAAAAUUGCCUCGAGACGAAGAAGCUGUCGUGCGCAACAGUCUCGAGACCAUGUCAAAGAUAGAGGAUCUUCGACGGCGUUACCAUACUGAUCAGUCAGAAACGGCUUACUUGAGCUUGUUGGACUUACUAAGGCUAUUCCGAGAUAGGAAGGCAUCUGACCCCAAAGACAAGGUGUUCGCUCUCCUUAGCAUGGCAGAAGUUGUGCCUGGUAGAGAACCCUUGACACCAGAUUACUCACUGAGCGAAAAAGAAGUCUAUCGCCAAGCAACGCUGGAAUCAAUAUACUCGACCAAAUCGCUUUCAGUAUUUAGUACGGAACUGGGAAGAAAGUUCAGAAGUGACUUGCCAUCGUGGGUUCCGGAUUGGGGUGCGCCGGGAAGUCAUACAUAUCAUUUGCGAGCAAAAGCGAUAAAAUACUACAAGGCAUGCGAAAGGGAAGCCACACCGGAUUCAAUAAUACCGACGAGAAGCUUCAAAUACAUUUUUCGAGACUCAUCUAUGCCAUUUAUGGGAAGUCUUGAAGAAUUGAAACUCAGCUUACAAGGCAUGAGAAUUAUGCGAGUGGAGGAGGUGGGCGAGAUCAUGUGGGGAGACGACCCUGCUAGCAGCCGGCACACGCUCUUACAAUGGUGUCAUAUGUGGCUGCGAUAUGCGAAACCGUUCGGGGAGGAGAGGCUUUCGCUGCAUACUGAGAGUAUGCAGCCAUCACAGAGAGUUCCCCUGUUCAAGUUCUGGAGGACCAUGUGCGCCGAUGUAAUCCACGAACACGCAACCACAGGGAGCACACGGAGAGUACUGCCGGAAGACAUGUCCACUUUUGAAACAUGGAUGAGAUAUUCGAACAUGUCACCUUUCAGCAGUGCAGAAAACAGAGAGAAAGCUGGGGUUUGGUCUAGCAAAGCGGAGCUGUGGAGUCUUUUCCUCUUCGUAUGGCCGACAGCACCGGACAAGGGCUUGUCAGAUGCACCAGACAUCGUGUAUAUUCCCAUGCACUUGGAGGACCGCAACCUUGUGUACAGUCUACUGCUUGACUUAAUGCAAACCUCCGGACUGAAGAUGUCAGUCCUUAAGGGGAUGAUUGGGGAAGGUGGCGUAUGGAAAAUGAUUUACCAAGAUUUGGUCUUACAACUCACAACCGCUUACGGAACUAGUGUAGGCUUGUAUGCGGACAGAGAAAAGAGUCAGAUUCCUAGUAUAGAGCGGUCGGUGAGCAUCGCGACAUUGUCGCGACGGCUGAUCUGCAGUGAUGGGCUGAUCGGGCUGGGCCCAGCGGACAUGGCUGUUGGAGACCAACUAUUCCUUCUGCCUGGAGGAAAGACACCAUUCGUCUUACGUCCACUGGGCCAUGGCGUGUUUGAUGUGGGUAGGGAGGAGACAGUGUAUAGGCCUAAGUACGAGAUCAUCGGCGACUGUUACUUGGAUGGGUGGAUGGAUGGAGGCGCAAAGGUCGACUCACGAAAGUGGGUCGACAUUGUGAUUGAGUGA